AUGCCUCUUCAGGUCCACCGCAUAACCUCGGCAGCCGACUUCGAAACCUUCGUCGCCAUACAGAUCGCCGCCUUUGCCAACGGCGGUGGUAUCACUUCCCUGCUCACGCCUAACCCCAUCACCGACGAGUACAUCCAAAAGUCUAUCGAAAAGCACGUCAAGUCUUGGCGCGACGAGCCUGACGUUGUGUAUCUCAAAGUCAUCGAUACCGACGCCCAUGGCAAGAUGAUCGCAGGCGCCAAAUGGCGCAUCAACGAGCGGGAGCGCAGUGAGGGAGAAGCCAGCAAGAUGUAUCCAGUGCCAGAUGAUGAAGCCAAGGGAAGACAGGGCUUGCUAGACUUCAUGGUAUUCCUGAGUCGAAUGCGACCUCGUGUGAAAGAGAAGCCGAAGGCUGUUGGAAAUGGCGGGUAA